UGUGUUGACAUCAAUCGCCUAUAGAAAUGAGAAACCAAAACCUUUUUAUGCUCAUAUGCUGCUUUACUUUUUAGUUCAUGACGUGGAGAACAUAUCACCUUAAACUCUGGCAUUCUGUACGGGAAGAUAUUGACUCUUCAUUUAUGAGAGUGCUGCAGUGCACAGAGCUGAGGAAGAAGUAUGCUUCACUGAAAGCUUUGAAACUGCGCAACACCAAGGAGUUCACAGAUGAUAUGAAGGAGUUCAUGACCUGCCCCUGGAAAGCAAACAUAACUCAAAAAGAGCGCUACAGGGUUGAAAUGCACUCCUGUUGCAAUGCCACUGACGAUUUGAUCCUGACAAAGAAAAACACGGCCCUGGGUCAGAAUAUUACUUACGAUGGGGAGAGAAGAAAAAGGGUGGUGGACAACUCACUGUUGGAAAUGUUCCCUGAGAGUAUCCCCUGGAGGACUGGAGGUCUACUUGGGCGCUGUGCAGUCGUUGGGAAUGGUGGGAUUUUGAAGAACAGCAGUUGUGGUUCCCAGAUUAACAAGGCUGACUUUGUCAUAAGGUUGAAUCUAGCUCCCAUAAAUGUGAGCACAGAUGUAGGCAAGAAGACAAAUUUGAUAACAGCCAACCCAACCCAGAUACUAAGAGGCUACCGCAACCUGAAGAAGCACCCCGAGCCCCUGGCAGACAAAAUGUCUAAUUAUGGAAAUCCCCCCCUCAUCAUGCCCGCCUUCUCAUUUGCAUUCUGCACCAGGGUUUCCCUCCAAGUUCGGCAAGCCCUCCGCACAGUCCACCCUCAGCAGGAGGUAGCUUAUUUCAACCCUAACUAUCUGCGGGACCUGCACCGUUACUGGCGGCGGAGGGGCCAUUGGGCACCCCGUCUCUCCUCAGGGUUAAUGCUGGCGAGUAUAGCCCUGGAACUGUGUGAGGAGGUACACCUUUACGGGUUCUGGCCCUUUAACUUUGACCUUUCCCAGAAGGCAUUGCCCCACCACUACUAUGACAAUGUUGGACCCCAUGGGGGGUUACAUUCUAUGCCCCGGGAGUUCACCCAGCUGCUGAACAUGCACAGUAAUGGGGCAAUAAACCUCCAUAUUGGGAAAUGCCAGUGAAUCUGCUGUUGACAGGAAUGUGAUACAGUGGUUAGAUCAACAGAUCAAUUUCAUAUUUUGAAAUGGAAGUCCAUAUAAAGAAACGUGCACUUUAUCAUAAGAUAAAUUUAGUCAUGAAAAAAUUGUUUUCAGGGUGUUCUUUGCUUAGUUUUCCUCUUAUUUAUAAUUCUUUUUCAUCAGCCUUCCCAAUGCUAUACAUUCUCUUCUUCAAAAUGUGUACUUGCACACCAGCAUUUGUUCAUUAACAUUACUUGCUAAUUGAAUUAUCUGCUUCAUGUUUACAUUUCUGUGUGUUUUUAAAAAGCAGUAUGUGUGCAAUUGAAUAUGGAAUGAGAUGACAUAUGGAAUGACGGCUUAAAAAUGUAGUUUGGCAGAUGGGG